CUAAUACAAAUAAUGUCGUAGUCGUUUAUUUGAUUUUAUGGUGGUUAAAAGAGAGAACCCAAAAAGUGAUUAUAUCGUCGUUUCUGCAUUAUCAGGAACUGCAGAUUCGACCAGAUCUAUUUCUGUUCCCUCUGCCCUAAAUUAAAAUAAACCCUAGCAAAACAUUACUAUAUUUUGUCAUUAUUAAAAUAUUGAUUGAUGGUUUUGGGUUUGAGCUAAUUUUUUAGUCAAUUAAACCAACUAAAUUGUGUUUGGAGAAGAAGAAGAAACUCAGGGAAACGACAGCCAGCAAUGGGUAUUUGCACUUCCAAACCCUUCAUAGAUCCCAAUGAUUCCAGCAAUGGCUCGCCAACGGAUAGUUCUAUUCCGGUCAAAGACAAUCACAAUACCAGCGAGAAUCAGAGCUGCCAGACGAAUAUAAUAAAGAAUGGGGAAGUUGAGGCCGGCAAGAAGUCACCGUUCUUCCCGUUUUACAGUCCCAGCCCGGCGCAUUACCUAUUCUCUAAGAAGUCACCCGCGAGAUCUCCGGCGAAUGGCCCUAGCUCCAACUCCACGCCGAGGAGAUUUUUCCGUCGACCGUUCCCUCCGCCGUCCCCUGCCAAGCACAUCCGAGCUGUUCUGGCGCGAAGGCAGGGUUCAGUGAAGCCGAAUGGCGCGUCAAUUCCAGAAGGGUCGGAAUCGGAGAGUCGACUGGACAAGAAUUUCGGGUUUUCUAAGCAUUUUGGAACAAAGUAUGAACUCGGAGAGGAGGUCGGCAGAGGGCAUUUUGGGUAUACUUGUAGGGCUAAGUUUAAGAAGGGUGAGCUGAAGGGUCAAGAUGUUGCAGUUAAAGUCAUUCCCAAAGCAAAGAUGACAACUGCCAUAGCCAUUGAAGAUGUUAGAAGGGAGGUGACAAUAUUGAGAGCUUUGACAGGGCAUAACAAUUUAGUACAGUUUUAUGAUGCAUACGAAGACAGCGAGAAUGUCUACAUAAUAAUGGAGCUUUGUGAAGGAGGGGAGCUCUUGGAUAGAAUAUUGGCAAGAGGUGGAAAAUACACAGAAGAUGAUGCAAAGGCCGUGUUGAUACAGAUAUUAAAUGUCGUGGCAUUUUGCCAUUUGCAAGGUGUGGUGCACAGGGACCUCAAGCCUGAGAAUUUUUUAUUCACGUCCAAGGAUGAAAAUGCAGUGCUGAAAGCCAUAGAUUUUGGAUUGUCUGAUUUUGUAAAGCCAGAUGAAAGGCUGAAUGAUAUUGUUGGGAGCGCCUAUUACGUAGCCCCUGAAGUUCUACAUAGAUCUUACAGUACGGAGGCCGAUGUUUGGAGUAUCGGGGUGAUAGCAUAUAUUCUAAUGUGUGGCAGUCGUCCAUUUUGGGCUCGGACUGAAUCCGGAAUCUUUCGGGCCGUUCUAAAAGCUGAUCCAAGUUUUGAAGAACAGCCGUGGCCCACCCUUUCUUAUGAGGCAAAAGACUUUGUCAAACGUUUGUUAAAUAAGGAUCCACGGAAAAGAAUGACCGCUGCUCAAGCCUUGUGUCAUCCAUGGAUAAAAAACAGUAAUGAAGCAAAAGUCCCAUUGGAUAUACUAAUAUUCAAACUCAUGAAGGCUUAUAUGCGAUCGUCUGCGUUGAGGAAAGCUGCUUUGCGGGCUCUAUCCAAGACAUUGACUGUCGAUGAGCUUUUUUAUUUGAGGGAGCAGUUUUCUCUGCUGGAGCCUAACAACAAUGGCACCAUAAGUUUGGAAAAUGUUAAAAUGGCAUUAAUGAAGAAUGCAACAGAUGCCAUGAAAGAGUCGCGUAUCCAUGAUUUUCUUCCAUCGCUCAAUGCACUACAGUAUAGGAGGAUGGAUUUUGAGGAAUUCUGCGCAGCUGCAUUGAGUGUGAAUCAACUUGAGGCUCUUGAUCGUUGGGAACAACAUGCCCGAUGUGCCUAUGAAAUCUUCGAAAAGGAGGGGAAUAGGGCAAUCAUCAUUGAAGAGUUAGCUUCGGAACUUGGACUUGGCCCUUCUGUUCCAUUGCAUGCCGUUCUCCAUGACUGGAUCAGGCACACUGAUGGAAAGCUGAGCUUCCUUGGGUUCGUAAAAUUGCUACGUGGUGUGUCGAGUCGAAUACCUCCAAAAGUUCAAUGACACUAAAUAUGGUGGGCUUAUUCACAGUAUAUCAGCAGAUAGAGAGAUAUAGAGUGUGACAUUCAGAAGUUAUCAAACAUUUAUCUGGAGCAGGGGGCACUCACGAGUCACCACCAAGAUGAUGAAAAUGGUCGAGGGUGUAAGUAGACGGUUCUCCACACCAUUAUUCCACUGGAACAAUAAGAGAAGAAUAUGAAGUUGCCGUGGUCGCUUUACCUGGUUUAAUUUGUGUGCUAGUAUUCCUUGGCUGGUUAUUGUUCUAACAAAAAGUUAUCUAUUUGGAGUGCCCUUUCUUCAUCAAUUGUUUGUCUCAUUGUAAUCUUAUCUUCCUAGUGCUUUUGUGUUGGUUCUCAUUUCUCAACCUCCCCAUACAAUGUGAGUCUGUACUCGAUUGUCUCGUCUGCUUGCAAAAACAAACAUGGGUAAUGUAACCUUUUGGAACAAGUGAUGUGAGAUGGUUGUAUAGUGGUGUAUAUGUCAUAGGGCCUCGGGCCUCAGGCCUCCUCUGCCAUGGACUUAGGCCUGUCAAUGGGCCAAUUCUAGACCCG